AUGAUGUUACGGCUUCGACCGAAUACCACAUCUUCAUCCCAAUCCUGGCCCAGACUCCCUGUCACCGUCGAGCCUUCCUCUCUUCGUCGCUCCGCCAGCAGUUCUCUGAGCGGAGUACGCAACACGUCGAUCACGUUCGGACAUGUUCGCCAAGCUCUCUCGCGACGAGCACCCAGCGCACUUCGCCGAAUACCGACCGCCGUCGCUUUGUUGGGAUGUACAUGUCAACAUCGACGUCGGUUGGAUGACCGAGGAGGUCUAAAGGGUUUGAGGGGUGUUGAAGGACGGAGGGGUUUCUUUGGACUCGGGGAGAUCGUCGGCGUUAUUGCAAACGUGAGUAGAGUCAAGCCAGGUCUUCGGCGGUCACUAAGCUGCGAUGCAGACGGAGCAAGUUUCGCACUGUCCUUCAAUGGAAGGAUUGACGAAAAAAAAAACCCACUGCAUUCUCAUUCGGAAUUCAACUCACCCUUUCGAUCUUGCUCAUAGCCUUCGGAGGUGCUCAAAAGUCUGCGCGAGUCCAAGCAGCUUUUGGAGGAGGCUCGCCAGGAGAUGCAGGAGAACAAGGAGAGGGAACAAAGUCAGCACUACAGAUUCUCUAUUUUUCUGGUUCGAUUGUGAUUACGAUGUUGAACCCUCGUUCUCGGACACGCGUUCACCAAACAGUCCCAACAAGUCAUACUUUUUCGCCCUUGCCCGGGUUCUAUGAUCGGCCGAAAGAGAUCCAAGCACUCGAGCGAGCUUUGGGUUCUGUGCCUGUGGGUCGAGGGGUACCAUGAUCCGGCAUUGUGGAAUAGACUUCUGAGGGGAUAGACCGUACCCACAGUCCUUCACGGUCCUCUUCGGCGCCUCGUCGGUCGGCAAAACGGCGUUGCUACGCCAAGUCCUCUCCCAGGAGCAAUACCACUGCAUCCACUUUGACUUGAGAAUAGCCGGAUUCGCCGACCUGCAGAGUUUGUACUUCUCUCUCGCUCAACAGAUGGAAGGAUACUUUGGUGCCUUGCCGGAGAUGAUGGGCGAGGAAUGGGGCUGGCGUGUUUUCGAAAAGGAGAGCUGGGCUUUCAAAGUACGUAGUCGCAGAGUCGCCGUCUCGAGUGGUGAGAAUGGACACCGACGAAGCCGCAGCUUUGCAUGUGGUACAGCAUGACCGACUAGCGAUCGAGGAUCGCGUCUCCAAAGGCGGGGUCGUCAAGACGUCCGAUAUCGCGCAUCUGAUGGAACUGUUCCAAUCUGCGCUGCUCAAGUAUUGGCAAUUCGAGCCCAUGUCCGAUGCUAGGAGAGCCGAGCUGGAACAAGAACAGAAAGGGAAGGGCGAGGAAAACGGAAAGGGAGGGUCGAAGAAGGGGGAUAAGAACUCUCGGAGGUCGACGAGGGAAUAUACGGAUACGACCGAGGCCAAGAUGCGACAAGGGGCCGUACGGGAGACGGACAAGAAGGAAGAAAUCGACGUACUAGCUGCUCGGUCGAUUGAGGAGCAGAAGAAGAAGAAUGAGGAGGAGAAGGAGGUUCAAGGCUCAGAAGGGACCAGUCAGGAGGGUGAGGAGGAAGUCGAGGAGCCCAAGCCGCCGCCGAAGAAGGUGCCGGUGCUGUUCUUGGAUGAAGCGCACAAGGUACGUUUCCUCGGCUCACUUCCGCACCUCCCUACCUCGGAUACCCAUAAAGUAUCUCAUUACCUACCUACAGCUCCCAGCGCUCAUCAAGACCGAUCCCGACGCGAUGAAAAGUCUGCUCGACUCCAUGUUGGUGCUGACGAAGCAAGACCGCUUAUGCCACGUCAUCCAUGCGACUUCGGACCCGUUCUACAUGCAUUGGCUUCGUCAGCUCAACGUCAUGCAACAUUGCAACAUCCUAUCCAUUGGCGACUGCUCCAAAGAAGAAGCGCGAGCGUUCCAUGAGGAGGUGUUGCUGCCCCACGUUCCAGACAUUUUACAAAGUGGCUUCGCGUUCGAGACGCUUUACGAAGUUUUUGGAGGCAAACUCGCGCACCUUAGCGAUUACACAGCCGAAUACAUCAACAGCGAUGGCAAGAUCAAGCCCGAGCUAUCGUCGCACUUCCUUCAAGCCCACUCGCUACUCAACCUCCAAUUAAUUCACUCCUUGCCUAUGACCGAUUCCGCUGAACCCAACGUCGAGUCUGCGGAACAGGGUGGAUCCGGCUUCUCAAUCUACUCCCCUCUCGUGCAAGCUUCACCUCACGCCGCAUCUUCCCCUUUCAACUCGGACCCAUCCAGUCAACUCGCCGCAGCGGGUGCAUCAGGUGCAGCAGGAUCGGGCUCAGACUUCUCGACCCAAUCGCUUUUACUCGUCAUGUCACGCCUAAGGAGGAGGUUCGAACUGCCUUACUUCCCUCUGUGUCGUGAGUUGGGGGCUCGUGCGGUGGAUGGAAUGGUACGAGGUCGUGUUUUGGAAUUGAGGUGGUCGAGGACGAUCACGGAGGAGAGGACGGGGGCGGCGGAGGAGCGGGUCAAGAGGGGCGGGGUACAAGGUCCUGUCGUAGUAGCGACGACUCCUGUUUUGCAUCAUGCCAUGGCCGCGGUGUUGGAUGAGUAUAAGGAGGAGGGGAAAGAGGUCCCAGAAGCUUAG